AUGAGUAUUUUGUUUACAUUAUGGAUGUUUUGUCUAUUUUCAGGUUCAUCUAAGAAGUCGUUGGCUUUAUCGCACUUUGAUUCUAUUCUUAAAAAAAAGAAUUUUAACUCCAGACUCAGUAAAUUACUUUCAAUUUCUCAUUCUAAAACGGCUUUACAUUCCUCAGCCUUCUUACUCACCAAACCCCUGACAUAUUCUUACAACACAAAGUCACAAAACUCAAACCUCUCAACCACUAAUCCAAAUACCCCAAAACUCUCUCCUAACACUACAGAACUCUCUCCUAACAAUACAGAAUACUGUCGUAACACUCUGGAACACAGUGUUGAUACUCCAAAACUAAGUGUUGAUAGUGUUAAAAAAAGUGUUGAAAGUGUUAAAAAAAGUGUUGAAAGUGUUAAAAAAAGUGUUGACAAUCUUGGAGUUGAUUUGUUUAAUUUUGGUGAAGAAUCUUUGAGAGUGGCGUUUAGUUCAGACUUGGCUAAAAAUAGAAAGAUGGCGACUGAGAAGUUGAGGGCUCAGUUACUUUUGAACAAGGUUGACUGUGAGAAUUUACUAAGGCGUAGGUUUUUUUACGCCAAUUCCUUUGAGAUUUACGGCGGCUCCGCCGGAUUAUUUGACUUUGGCCCGCCGGGAUGUGCGCUUAAAUCUGAACUUGAGCGACUCUGGCGUGAACAUUUCAUAGUUUUUGACGAAAUGCUCGAAGUUUCUUGUUCCUGCAUCACGCCACAUCCCGUACUUAAAUCCUCCGGGCACGUUGACAGAUUCACCGACCUCAUGGUCAAAAAUCUCUCCAACGGAGACUGCUACAGAGCCGAUAAAUACCUACAAGAUCUCAUCUCCAACAUCAUCAACUAUAAAACCAAUCACUUCCUCAACAUUACCAAUAGUGUUACCACUACUAAUAGUGUUACUACUAAUAGUGUUGAAACUGGCAAUAGUUGUAAUACUAAUAGUAAUGCUAAAGUUACUACGACGCCGAAUGCUAGGGUUAAGGUUGUAAAUUCCGCUUUGGAGAGGUUGAGUGUGUCGGAAUUGCUGAGGCUGCGUGAGCGGGUGGGUUCCUACAGUCAAGAGGAGAUGGAGCGAUUUUAUACGGAAAACCAGGUGAAGUCACCGGAAGGUAACGACUUUUCCAAGCCGUUCCCGUUCAAUUUAAUGUUUUCGACAUCAAUUGGUCCUAAAACUGAAGAUAAAAUGAGUUCGCUGGGGUACUUGAGGCCGGAAACGGCUCAGGGGAUUUUUGUUAAUUUUACACGUCUGCUAGAGUUUAAUGGAGGUAAAAUACCCUUUGCGGCAGCGCAAAUCGGCUUAGGAUUCAGGAAUGAAAUUAGUCCCAGAAAUGGACUUUUAAGAGUUCGUGAGUUCCCAAUGGCUGAAAUUGAAUACUUUGUAAAUCCAAAAUUUAAAACUCACGAGAAAUUCCCCGAAUUCAGCCACGUUGUCCUGCCACUUGUGACGAGAGAUCAGCAGUCAGUUGAUAAUUUUGAGCCUGUGCUGGUCUCAAUGUCCGAGGCGGUGAGCAGUGGCAUGGUGGGAAAUGAAGCUUUGGCGUAUUUUUUAGCGCGUACUUUUUUAUUUUUGAAACGUGUUGGAAUUAAUGAAGCUGGGCUCAGAUUUAGACAACACACAGCAAAUGAAAUGGCACAUUACGCUUCAGACUGCUGGGACGCUGAGAUUCUUACAUCCUACGGCUGGGUUGAAGUGGUUGGACAUGCCGACAGAAUGGCGUACGAUCUCAUGUGUCACUCGAAAUCAACAAACUCGCAACUCGUAGCACAUCACCGCUAUGACACUCCCAUACAAGUCGAGAAAGUUGUCGUCAAGUGCAACAAACCCGAAAUCGGCAAAGCCUUCAAAGCCGACCAGAAAAUCAUACUCAACCAUCUCAACAAUCUCAACACACAACAAGCCAAAGAAUUACAUCAUCUACUACACACCCGUCAUCAGAAUACACAGAAUUCCAACACUCACAAUUCUAAUAUUGAUAAUAUUGAUAAUAUUGAUAAUAUGGAUGAUGUGUGUGAUGUGGAUGUGGGAGAGUGUGUGGUGGUUGUGGAUGGUAGGGAAUUUCGUUUGAGGGGAUCGAUGGUAAGUUUUGAGUUUACGAGUGUGAAGGUGUGUGAUGAGACGUUUGUGCCAUGUGUGAUUGAGCCAUCGUUUGGUCUUGGGAGAUUAAUUUUCUCUAUUCUGGAACAUGCCUACAGGGUCAGGCCUGUAGACUCCAAUGUGCCUGAGGAACGUAAAUACGUAUCAUUACACAAGUCAAUAGCACCUACAAAGUGCUCAAUUCUUCCAUUAUCGUCUAAGGAAGUGUUUGAGCCGCUAAUUUCCAGGGUACAGUCACAGCUGAGGAGCCUGGGAAUUUCACACAAAGUUGAUAAAACCGGCGCCUCAAUCGGGAAAAGAUAUGCGAGAACUGAUGAAAUUGGUGUACCAUUUUGCGUAACCUUAGAUUUUCAAUCAGUAAACGAUGAUACCGUCACAUUAAGAGAACGCGACUCCAUGCAACAAGUCAGAGUCAAACUCGAUCAAGUAGGUCAACUAUUAUCCAACCUACUCAAAGACAUCACAUGGGAACAAGCCACACAACACCUACCAAUCUUUCAACAACAAAUUCUCUAA